CGUCGCAUUAUUUUUGUACCCCUGUCGCCGCCAUUACUGCCAGUUUUCGCACAUCUUUCAGCAGCUGCUUGCGGCUAAUUUUAACAUUCAGUUAUUUUUUUGCCAGUAACAUAAAGCUGUUACCACCGGGAAAGCGCCCCGACUACAUGGACGCAACAGUUACCGAGCCUUAUGCUACAGAAAUACCACAACGUUAGCAGAGACGAUAAAUUAGCUAAGUAGCUACAUUUUGUAAAGUAAGCUAGCAGAGGGGGUUGUUGCGACGCUGCUACUAAUAAUUUCUCAUCCAGCGGUUAUUUGUAGACGCUUUGAAGAUGUCGCUACACGGUAAACGUAAAGAAAUCUACAAGUACGAGGCGCCAUGGACGGUUUACGCCAUGAACUGGAGUGUCCGACCGGACAAACGGUUCCGCCUGGCGCUCGGUAGCUUUGUGGAGGAGUACAAUAACAAGGUUCAGAUAGUUGGUCUGGAGGAGGAGAACUCAGAGUUUGUGUGUCGAAACACUUUCGACCAUCCCUACCCCACCACCAAGGUCAUGUGGAUUCCAGACAGCAAAGGAGCAUACCCUGACCUGCUGGCCACCAGCGGAGACUACCUGAGAAUCUGGAGGGUGGGCGAGACAGAGACCCGACUGGAGUGCCUGCUCAACAAUAACAAGAACUCUGAUUUCUGUGCACCACUCACGUCCUUUGACUGGAACGAGGUGGACCCAAACUUGUUAGGUACUUCCAGUAUCGACACUACCUGCACGAUCUGGGGGCUGGAGACUGGACAGGUGCUGGGCAGGGUCAACUUAGUGUCUGGUCAUGUCAAGACACAGCUCAUUGCCCACGACAAAGAGGUGUAUGACAUCUCUUUCAGCCGAGCGGGCGGUGGCAGGGACAUGUUUGCCUCAGUGGGGGCGGACGGCUCCGUCCGCAUGUUUGACCUCCGUCACCUCGAACACAGCACUAUCAUCUAUGAAGACCCCCAGCACCACCCACUGCUCCGGCUCUGCUGGAACAAGCAAGACCCCAACUACCUGGUCACUAUGGCAAUGGACAGCAUGGAGGUGGUGAUCUUAGAUGUGCGUGUGCCCUGUACUCCGGUGGCCAGACUCAACAACCACAGGGCCUGUGUGAAUGGAAUCGCCUGGGCACCACACUCCUCAUGUCACAUCUGUACAGCAGCGGAGGACCACCAGGCCCUAAUCUGGGACAUCCAGCAGAUGCCGCGGGCCAUUGAAGACCCUAUACUGGCCUACACAGCUGAAGGAGAGAUCAAUAACGUCCAGUGGGCCACCACCCAGCCCGACUGGAUCGCUAUCUGCUACAACAACUGCCUGGAAAUCCUCAGAGUCUGAGCUGCAGUCACCAAAAUAAGGCAACUCAAAAACACUCUCAGUUGGAUUUACAAGUUGUUUAAGGAUGAAGUAACAUUCAAUUCCUGCUCGUAUUGGGUUCACGUUGACACAGAUUAUGUGUGCAACGUUUUUUUUCCGACUGAGUAAGAACCGCAGCGCUUGACUUUGUGAUACAAAAUCAAGACGUCUUGUAUCAGAAAACUAAAUGGAGCGCCAAAACAAAACCGGCAGCCAAGUCUCAAGAAACUGUUUUCAUGUACAGACUAAGAUUCAACAGCCUUAAAGCUUUCAACACGUUGUCUCACGGACAAAAAGGCUCGUCAGUUACAUGUUUUUAUACACCACAUGGUGCAUUGUAUAUAGUUUUACCCACUACAACAUUAACCAUUCAUUUUUAUGAAGCAGCAACAUGUAGUGUAGCCACAUUUAAAAGUGGAUCGAAUGUGGUUUUAAGUGUCCAUGUAUUCAACUGUUUUUUAAACCUAUAUUUUAUUCAACUGAAUAUCAUUUGUAUUAAGAUAAACAUCUCUGUUGUAACAGUUAACUAGUAUUAACCAUUGACCAUAAUACAGAUUUGUUUUUGUAA